UCCUAUAAAUAGCCACUUCAGAUGUGUUCAAGCAGAAGAAACUCUUCUGAUUGACAUAGCUUCAAACAGUGGCUGCAAAAUUCGAGUUCAGGGGGACUGGACCAGAGAGCGCCGCUUUGAAAUCCCUGAUGAGGAACACUGUUCAAAGUUCCUCUCAGAGGUCCUUGCUGCUCAGGAAGCUCAGUCACAACUUCUUGUUCCAGAGCAAAAGGACUCAUCUAGCUGGUACCAGAAAUUAGACACUGAGGACCAACCUUCUGUUUUUUCAGGCCUUCUUGCGUUUGAGGACAAUUUUUCGUCGAUGAAUUUGGACAAGAAAAUAAAUUCACAAAAUCAGCCUACAGGGAUUCAUCGGGAACCUCCACCUCCACCCUCUUCAGUGAAUAGAAUGCUUCCACGUGAAAAAGAAGCUUCUAACAAGGAACAGCCCAAAGUGACCAACACCAUGCGGAAGCUCUUUGUACCAAAUACCCAGUCUGGGCAGCGGGAGGGUCUCAUCAAACAUAUCCUGGCAAAGCGAGAGAAAGAAUAUGUCAACAUUCAGACUUUCAGAUUUUUUGUUGGAACUUGGAACGUGAACGGCCAGUCUCCAGAUAGCGGGUUGGAACCUUGGCUGAACUGUGAUCCAAAUCCUCCUGAUAUCUACUGCAUUGGAUUCCAAGAGCUGGACUUGAGCACAGAAGCCUUUUUCUACUUUGAAUCAAUGAAGGAACAAGAGUGGUCCAUGGCUGUAGAGAGAGGUUUGCAUUCCAAAGCCAAGUAUAAGAAGGUUCAACUAGUCCGUCUUGUUGGGAUGAUGCUCCUUAUAUUUGCCAGAAAGGAUCAGUAUCGACAUAUCCGUGAUAUUGCUACAGAAACAGUUGGAACUGGAGUCAUGGGGAAAAUGGGAAACAAAGGUGGGGUAGCUGUGAGAUUUGUAUUUCACAACACUACCUUUUGUAUUGUCAAUUCCCACCUGGCUGCCCACGUGGAGGACUUUGAGAGAAGGAAUCAAGAUUAUAAGGACAUCUGUGCAAGAAUGAGUUUUGUGGUCCCAAAUCAGACCCUCCCGCAACUGAACAUCAUGAAACAUGACGUUGUCAUUUGGUUGGGAGAUUUGAAUUAUAGACUUUGCAUGCCUGAUGCCAAUGAGGUGAAAAGUCUUAUUAGUAAGAAUGACCUUCAGAGACUCUUGAAAUUUGACCAGCUAAAUAUUCAGCGCACACAGAAAAAAGCUUUUGUCGACUUCAAUGAAGGGGAAAUCAAGUUUAUCCCCACUUAUAAGUAUGACUCUAAAACAGACCGAUGGGAUUCCAGUGGAAAAUGUCGAGUUCCAGCCUGGUGUGACCGAAUUCUUUGGAGAGGAACAAAUGUUAAUCAACUUAAUUAUCGGAGUCACAUGGAACUGAAAACCAGUGACCACAAGCCUGUUAGCGCCCUCUUCCAUAUUGGGGUGAAGGUUGUGGAUGAACGGAGGUAUCGGAAAGUCUUUGAAGAUAUCGUACGCAUCAUGGACAGAAUGGAAAAUGACUUCCUUCCUUCUUUAGAACUCAGCAGGAGGGAGUUUGUGUUUGAGAAUGUGAAGUUUCGGCAACUACAAAAGGAGAAGUUCCAGAUCAGCAACAAUGGACAGGUUCCCUGCCAUUUUUCUUUCAUCCCUAAGCUUAAUGACAGCCAGUACUGCAAGCCAUGGCUUCGGGCUGAACCUUUUGAGGGCUACUUGGAGCCAAAUGAGACAGUGGACAUUUCUCUUGAUGUGUAUGUCAGCAAAGACUCUGUGACCAUCCUGAACUCCGGGGAAGAUAAGAUUGAAGAUAUUCUUGUCCUUCACCUGGAUCGAGGCAAAGAUUACUUCUUAACCAUCAGUGGAAAUUACCUCCCAAGUUGUUUUGGUACAUCCUUAGAGGCUUUGUGCCGAAUGAAAAGACCAAUCCGAGAAGUUCCUGUUACCAAACUCAUAGACUUGGACGAAGACAGCUUCCUAGAAAAGGAGAAAUCCCUUCUGCAGAUGGUUCCCUUGGAUGAAGGUGCCAGUGAGAGACCCCUUCAGGUCCCCAAGGAGAUCUGGCUUCUAGUAGAUUACUUAUACAAACACGCCUGUAAACAGGAGGACCUGUUCCAAACCCCUGGGAUGCAGGAAGAGUUACAGCAGAUCAUUGAUUGUUUGGAUACCAGCAUUCCUGAGACAAUCCCUGGUAGUAAUCACUCUGUGGCUGAAGCACUGCUCAUUUUCCUGGAAGCCCUGCCAGAGCCAGUCAUCUGUUACGAGCUAUAUCAGCGAUGUCUUGAUUCUGCUCAUGAUCCCCGGAUCUGCCGACAGGUGAUUUCCCAGCUUCCAAGAUGCCAUAGAAAUGUUUUCCGUUACUUGAUGGCGUUCCUUCGAGAACUCUUAAAAUUCUCAGAAUACAACAACAUCAGUGUCAACAUGAUUGCUACUCUCUUCACUAGUCUUCUUCUAAGGCCUCCACCCAACCUUAUGGCAAGACAGACUCCAAGUGACCGCCAGCGUGCUAUUCAGUUUCUUCUGGGCUUUCUGCUUGGGAAUGAUGAAGACUAAGGCUUUUCCUCUUACUACUCUCCGAGAUUCUAGAGGUGGAAGAUCUCGGGCUCCAAGUAUUUCAGAAUGGUUUAAAAAGUCCUGCCACAGGAAGGGUCUAUUGCAGAAUUUCAAAUUCUGUUUAUAGUGUAAAAGGAAGAGAGUUUCUUAAUCCCUCAUUUACCAUAUCCUACACAGCAAAAUACUUUUAGACUUACAUUGCCAAGCCAAAGUUACCAUAUUUUGGUGUUUUUGUGUUUUCUCUUUAUAAGGCAAAGAGAUCUGUAUCUAUACUCCUUUACCUGGGGGUGUGUUUGUUACCCUCCUACCCAAUCGUCAUGUUUGUCCUUGGUACCCUAGGCCUAGAUUCUGAGAUGGUUCCAUUCUAGGCCUACAAGUACUACUUGCUGUAGCUCAGACUUGUCUGUAGUCCUUCAUAUAAGCACUUUUGACUCACCCCCCUCCCUGUAUCAUUCUUUAGACUCCACUCCCCUCGUUCUAUCACUUUGAAUGAAGUCUGAGUGAGGCUAGUGACUCCUUGGGUGUCCUCAACGGUGAGUUCACCAUCUACAUGUGGUUGUUACAUGCGUUCGCGCAUUUCUACUACAAUGGCAUCUUUAUGUCUCUAUAACAUUGGCCUUUUUGUGGAUCCACACUGAGUGGAACCAUAUUCUCUUAUCUCAGAUCGCAUUUAGUAGCAUAACUUUAGGGACUAUUAGAGAUGACAUCCCAUUGAUGUGAGAGAAUCACGAUCAGAAUGGAAGCACUUUGAGUAUUUCAGGAGUGAGAGUAUUCGUGUUUGACAGGUCCUGCAUUUCACUAUCCCUUUCCUGUCAUUCAAAUUUUACAUGAAGACUAAUCCUGGGUGUCUGUGGGACCCAUCUCCUCCUUAGAAAUCCACGUCGAGAGCAACACUUGCAUCACUGUACAAAAGGGGGUCUGUACACCUCCGUUAGGCCUGUCUAGAGCUAUCACUCCUUCUCACUGCAAGGAUAACAAGGAUGACCAUUAGAACCCCUUCUCUAGUCUUCUGAAGUACCAAGGGGCAGAUGUCACCUCCUCCCUCAGCAGGGCUGACUCUGAGCUUUUCAUGUAUUCAAGCUGUGGGACAGCCUUUUAAAAAAAAAUAAUCUAUGUUGGUUGACAAAAAAGCCACCAGCCGCUGAUUGCAGAACUGCCUGAUGCAAUUGGCUUCCUCCUGGUUUUCUUUAGUUAAAACCACCCUGAAAUGACUCAUUCUUGCCUGGUAACAUCAGAUGCAAGGAGCAUGAUGCACAGGCUCUGUGUAUGAUCUCGAGCAUUGACUCCAUGAUUCUUCUAGCGCAUCCAAGGCACCGCCACCAAAUGAGUCUCCAAUUCCCAUCUCUUGAAAGUUGAGUUCUUUAGUGAAAAGAAGGUACAUAUCCUGCAAUAUACCGGCUAAACCCUUUCCUGAUUGGGAGUUGGGGAAAUAGGAGUCACGUUACUGGUUCCAUAUAGCUGAAGAUCUGAUAUGUCAGGGGCUGAGUGUUGAACUUAGUUAAUGGAAGACUGAGAGCAGAGCACUUUUGUCAUCUCCACUAGGCCAGAAAGUGAUCACAAAAAGAGGCAGAUGAUAGACACUGGGGCAAGGUCAUAACACGGGGAAGUGCCUUUCUUGGGCCCAUUUUCUAGUAUAUUGCCAACCUGGGAUCUUUGGGCGAUCAAGGUGUGAUUAGUGGGGGCUCGUGCAGCAUGUGUGCAGCGUACUAGCUCUUUCUCCAUCGGGUCAAAGCACUAAGUUGGUUUACUGCCUCAAUCUUUUCAGCUCACCAUGGGAUGUAUACAGGGUCAAGAGUUUUAGACAAUCUCUAGAUAGGGGAGACAAAACAUAGACCAGACGUAAGAACUCUGCUUCCCUACCAUGCCUAUUCCAGUACCCCAACCUCUAAUUCCUAAGUCCUCUAAGGUACUAUUUCAUAGCUCCUCUGAAGUAAGGAUUUCAGAUCCAGCUGGUAGGGAAGGACUCCGCACCUAUUGUUUUAGGGAAGAAAUGGUUCAAAUCCAUGUGGUGACAUUGCAUUAGUCUCCCUUUCACUGUUUUCUGAUUCUUAUUCUGUAAUCAUUUGUUAUAUUUCCCAAAAAUGUCUUGAUCACUAAGCAAAGCUGCUAGUGGGAUUCUGUAUUUCAUGUCAUCUUUUUUAUUAUAAUUUAUUGCAAAUUUUUUUUCUGAAUAAAUAUAUGUUGUGUGAAAAA